GUGAGAGUAAAUUGUCUGUUUUAAUAAAGAUACAGCUCAGUCUUUUUAAUUCACCAUUGCAGAAUCCUAAAUAAUGUGUAAAGGGCUAUCUUCCCUGCCUUCGUCAUGCCUGGAGAAUGAUUUCUUAUGAUUCAAUAUUUCAGGGCAAAAGGGAUGCGAGUGAAGCUAAUCCACCUGGCUGAAACCCACAAGCAAAAGGUUCAGGAUGGAAAAGUUCUGCAGGACUUGGAAACUCUACUAAGCAACAAAAGUGGUCUUCAGGCAUUUCGAGUGUUCCUGCGUUCAGAGUUCAGUGAGGAGAACCUUGAGUUCUGGAUGGCGUGUGAGGACUACCGGGUUUCUCCUUCAAACAUGCAGCGGAGCAAGGCCACCAGCAUCUACAGACAGUUUAUCAGCAGUGACGCCCCGCUGGAGGUAAACCUGGAUGCUGAGACCCGUGAAGCUCUGCUGAGUGUGAUGGACUCUCCGUGUGCUGACACAUUCAACAAAGCACAGCAGAGGAUCUACAGUCUGAUGGCCGUGGAUUCCUUCCCUCGGUUCCUUCGCUCUCAUCACUGACAAGUUGAUUGUAUUUGGUCAAAUAUUUUAAUAAACAGUUUGUCUUUUUAACCACAAGGUAGCGCUGUACUCUUGUACUGUUGACUGCAUGCUGUUACCAAAUAUAAACAUCCUAAUUUUGGGCCUUAAAAUGUGGACAGAGCUUCACUGUCCUGCUGAACGGCAAAACCUUCAAGUGUAAAUUACAAAUUCUUUAAUAAAAAUCCAAUGACAAUUA